AUCGGUCAUGCUGGAGUACGGAAGAGGCAGUGAGACCAGUCAUGGCCUCCGUUCCCUGUGCGCUGGUUACUAGCUGCGCUCCCGGAUUUAGCGAAGAGACGCUGGUUGCACAAAUUAUCGGGACAGACCAAGUUCCUGCAGUUCCACAUGAUGCCGAAGAUGUCAGACAAUACCCCUGGACGAUAGACAACAAGUACUAUUCGGCUGAUGUUAAACUCUGUGUGGUACCCAGCGCAGCGCAUGUCACCACACAGCUAGCAGAGACCAUCCAGGCCUUCAUUGUAUACUUUGAUAGCACAGAGAAAGCUGGCCUGGAGAAGGUGUCCUCAUGGCUACCACUGCUGGAAGAGUGGAUGCUGGAUGUCAUGAUCCUGGUCUGUGAGCGGGUGUCUGAUGCAGGUGUCAGCCGGCAGACUGCUCAGGAAUGGUGCAUCCAGCAUGGUUUUGAGUUGGUGGAACUGAACCCAGAAGAGCUGCCAGAUGAAGAUGAUGAUUUCCCAGAAUCUACUGGUGUGACUCGCAUCGUUCAGGCCUUAAAUGCCAAUGUGUGGUCUAAUGUAGAAAUGAAGACUGAGCAAGCUUUCGGGAUCUUUGGCUCGUUGCUGUCAAUGAAGCAAUCCCCGGGUGGCAGUGAGAAUCUGCAGGGUGAUGUUUCAGUGCCCGGCGGUGAAGCUGCAGAGGCUCCUACGGAUCCAGGGUGCGGCUCGGGUAACCGCCGCGGUUCUGAGGUCGGCGCGCUUGUAGACCCAGUGGUGGAUCUCGAUAUCCGGGAACUUGCAAGUCUGACUUCAGCGGACGGGGAUCUGGAGAACUUCAGCCGUCUGUUCAGCAAACUACAGGAAAUGAAAGAUAAAGCUGCCACGCUGCCGCAUGAACAGAGGAAGUUACACGCAGAGAAGGUUGCCAAAGCUUUCUGGAUGGCGAUAGGAGGAGAUGAAGAUGAGAUUGAAGGACUUUCAUCUGGAGAUGAAAACUGAGCGCUGCCUGCACAGGAUAUGCUCUGCACAAGAUGUCACGAUAUGCGACCGGUACACGGGAAAACAAUUCAUUUCAUCCUGGUUUUCUUUAAAAAAAAAAAAACAAAAAAAAACAGUUUGUUUGUGCUUGCAUAUAUUUGGACUAGAAAAUGAGGUUUUAAUCAGUUUUAUGUGCUCUAAUACAGUAUUCAUAAAAAAAGUGUAAAAUAUGCUGCCAGAAAAUGUACAUAGUUUGAAACUAGUAUGGACUUAACAGGAGAUUUUUGGAUCAUUGCAGCAGUUAUAAGGGAACAGGUUACGUUGCUCCAUGAUGAACGAUGAGAGUCUUAAAUAAAAAAGAGAGGAAAA